CGGGCUGCAGCUUAGCAUUAGCGGCCCGAGUAAAUGCAGUUAACCCAGUAACCCGUGGCUUCACACACCCGCACACCAACGCCAUGUCCGCGGCAGGAGCCUGUGCGGCAGCCCCGACAUGACGGCUUACCGGGUCAACGCCUCCAUGCCCGCCGCCAAGGCGCUGCUGUCGGAGGGAAGCCCGAGCUGCAGCCCGCGCGGCCCCGACCCGCCCGGGUACCAGGCCUACAGGAUCUUCGGGAUGGGAGCAGGUGGAGGACGGGCCGCCUUCAGGCAAACUCAACUGCGGAACUUUCCUGCAAUCCCCCCCGUUAGCAGCUCCAGGGAUGGCCAAGGCUUACUGAGCAGCUUCGUAGUGGGAAGGCAAUACAAGACGCCAGGCCAAAGAAAAGACAAUAAACUGGAUCCAGAGAAUACUGACCACAUGAGGGACAUCUGUGGAAGGCACUUUCUGUUCGAUACACCAUGUGCGAGUUUAGAGAGGACCAGGACUUUCAUCCCUCCUCUGCCAAGAGACUACCGCCUGCAGCGGCCUGCUAACCUGCAUCCCCUCAGCCUGUCUAAGGAGCUGUCCCGCAGCGGGGCGGGGCCCUCCCUCACCCUGGGUUACCCUCGAAGACAUGCGGUGACCAAUUCAGCUGUUCCCAUUCAUUCCAAUUUAGUCCUCAGUGGCAAGAACAACUUUUCAGUGGAAAGCUGCAAGCUAAAUAGGCCUAAGAUGAAUAUUCCCACUCACCACGCAAUGAGUGUAAAGGAAAAUCAGAAAAACCAGGUGUACCCAGACCCAGUGGCUGGAGCCUCUCGCUCUUUCAUCCAACGGAUAUCUGAACUGUCCUCAUUGGAGGGUGAGACGGUGAGACAGGAAAAGCUCAGGAAUAUGAAGAAAUCUAGAAAACCUCCCUCCUGACAAUCACCUCCCUCUGAGUCACAGCGGUCCAGGAUAAAAACAUUCGAGUCUGUGCCAACAACCGAACAAAAUAAAACUUUUAGGGCCCCUUGUUCAUUUCAGCGGCUUGUUCUGACUGCGUGUUUGUCCUCUGUGAUUUUGGUUAGCUGCUUAACCUGGUUGAUCUUCACAUUUUGGGGUUCCUGACUCUAGUGGUUAAAUGUAUUGUUGACUUUGGUCAAUUGUAGCAUUUCCUUUUAAUGGUAAGUGCUGAUGAUGACUUAUAUAUCUUCCGCACACAGUUUUCAGUGGUUUUCCUCUCAGCAUCUGCAUGAAGAUGGUUCCUUUAACUUUCUAAAGGCUUAAAUGGCUGUUAAGUAACACUGUCAAAUGCCUCUUUUCUCUAUAUGAUCAGAAUCCUAAAGACGCUGUCCGGCUCAUGUCCUUCAGACUUUUCAAACACAUAUCUGAACUUUCUUUAGUGAGUGAAAUAUAAAUGUAAAUACUAUGUAGUUUAGGACAACCCUUACUGUGCCUUGUUAUGUCUUC